GUUGGAUAUUAUCCAACUCUAUGGCUACCACCCAAUGUCUAUCACGUACCAGUAGUACAGUACCACCAGCCCACCCGUACCCGGUACCCAUGCCCGGCGCCCACAACGCGCAAUACAAGAUACUUGCUCUGUUGGCUCAUGCUUGACUGAAGCUAAAUGGGUCAGCUGUGGAUCGGUUUCCUUCAUGGAUUAUUGACUUCGAGCAAGUGUUUCCUCUUACAGUUCUGCUUGGUUCACCUCCAUUUCCUUGUAUCAUUAAGCCCAGGCUGCUUUCCCGCAUCAGCAAUUUUAAAUCAAAUGGGAAAAAAAAAUGGAGGCUGAACAGUUUGCUUAAGGAUUCUGUACGCUGUUGGAAUGAAGUUGGGUUAUUGAUGGCGUAAGCUAUAACUGCUUGCACAUAGGCACAAAUGUGUGUGCACCCAUACCUGCAUCUUCUACUUUCCACAACAAGUGCAUGUACAUGCAAGAACAACAGUACCAGUAGAUUUUGCUGUCCUGUUCAGUGGUUUUGCUGUUGGCUCCGUGCCCACCCACAGUUCGGUCAUAGCCUGACGCUGUCUGUCCACCAGUGUUAUGGUCUCUUGGUCUCCCGACUUCCCACCAAAAGGACUCUACCGGAUGCAAGUUCUCUUAGUCUAAGAGACUGUGAUGGAUAAUUCCUCAUGAUCGCUGCAGUGUGACUGGACUUCACAGAAGGCCAAAAAACGUUAGUUGGAACAGCAUGCAAGAAGAGCCAGCAAAUCAGCAAGCCCUACACCAGUUGGUCCUGGUACUGGUGUCGGCAGCCUUCCUGACGGUGGUUGUCAUGGCAUCCUUCCUGUGCGGCAUCUGUAACUUCUUUCGCCGGUCCAAGGAUGACAACGGAGAGGAACAGAAGCAGCCCAUCCUGGGCAUGGAGGAGAGCAAGAAACUGGGGCCGCGGAGUACCAGCUAUUCCGAUAAGGGCAAGCGACCAUCAUUAUUGGCCUCCAAAAAGUCAGAAGGCAUACUUCGAGAAGUCGGUAAGGGUAAGACAAAGACGGAGCUUCAUAAGUCCUGGUCCUUUUUUGGCUCGCAGCAAGCGACUUCAGGUGACAGCACCUUACCUCUGGUUCCGGGUCAAACCACCGUCCAGAAUGUCCAGCCCUCAAUCAGGCGGUCCCAGUCUACGCCCAUGUCAGCGUUGUCUAGCUCCCAACUUACCACAGUGUUUGAGCAUUCAGAAGGCAAGAUGGUGGCUGAGCCAGUCCAGCCGGAUGCCAGGAAAAUUGGCAAGCAGCCCUCGGUCAUGUCUGCUGCCUCUGCCUUCAGUCUUGCCCAGGAAGCAUUCGGCCUCACCGAGCGAUUUGGUAAGAAAUCCAGCAAAACUGCGGCAUCAACAGAGUUAGUCCUGAAGCAGAACUCUGUCCCUGGCACGAGUCCGGAAGACGAGGAAGAAGGAGAGUUUGUUGGCAAACUCCAAUUUAGCAUUAAAUAUGAAUUUACUGAGGAAACACUGGUUGUCAAAGUAUUGAGGGCAACUGAUCUACUAGCCAAAGAUUUCAGUGGUACGAGCGAUCCGUUUGUGAAGGUGAUGUUGCUACCCAACAAGAAGCACAAAAUGGAAACCAAAGUCAAGCGGAAAAAGCUGAACCCUGUCUGGAACGAAACCUUCCUGUUUGAAGGUUUCCCAUACAACAAACUCCAGGAGAGAGUCCUGCAUCUAGAGGUGUUGGACUACGACCGCUUCAGUAGGAAUGACCCCAUUGGAGAGUUGAACAUCCCACUGGCUGAGAUUGACCUGACUCAGGAGCAGACAGUUAACAAGACGCUCACUCCUAGCUCGAAAUCAUAUGGAAAGCUGGGCAAGAUUCUUGUGUCUCUCUGUUUUGCACCCACGGCAGGCAGAAUAACGAUAGUUAUCAUGAAAUGUGACGGGCUUGCUGCAAAGGAUAUCACUGGCAAAUCAGAUCCUUAUGUAAAAGUCUGGCAUGUCUACCAGGACAAGAAGAUUGAGAAGAAGAAGACCAUUGUCAAGUACAACACCCUGAAUCCGGUCUUCAAUGUCUCCUUCAUGUUCCAUGUCACACUGAAUAAGAUCCGGGACACCAGCUUCAUUAUCUCAGUGGUGGACAAGGACCGGCUGUCACGUAACGACACCAUCGGCGGGAUCAUACUGGGGCCCAAGGCCUCACCCUCAGAGACUAGCCACUGGGCCGAGAUGCUGAACAAGCCCAGAACUCCUGUGGCCCAGUGGCACGUCCUGAAAGACAUGGGCUGAGGACCGCACAGGCGUCUUCCAUCUGUGUACAUAUAUAGAUAUAUAGGUUUUGGUGUAUUAUUUACUUUCUGUUCACUGCCCAGUGUUCGCACGUUGCCAACAGGGUUCUGACAUAAGCUGCACCAAUUUCUGUCUUCCGAUUUUUGCUUGUGCUGCAUAUAGUGGGAUGCGGGGAACCAGUCACAACCUGGUAUGUGACACGGCACUGGCUGCUUGGUGUAGCUUGGUCACAGACAGUACUGGGAAUUGCAUGCAGGGUACCGGUGAAAGGCCAAGUACAGCACCUUGCAGCUUCCUCAGAAUUAUUGCACACUCGUCAGCAUGCUCUUUGAGUGUCGACUUUACUGGCGCACUUGGUAUCAGCUGAGAUAGAAAACAGCCAUGCUUGUGUGGCAAGAAUUGCCCUUCUGGAAAUCACUAGAUGAUCUGCUCUCCUGUCAUGUGCCACGUACAUGUAUCACACGAGAAAACGUCUUUGCGGCUUGAUGGCACUUCUUGCUACAUCUGCAACCCCGCAACCGGGAUAUCCCGGGCUGGCCUUGUGGCUAUUCAUUGCUCACACAUCUCUUAGAUUUUAAGCAUUUGCCAUGUCAGAACAUUUGUGAACAUACACCUAUUAGUUGCAGUUGAUGGCCUUCAUCUUUCCACUGGUGUCUUCCAAAUCAAUUUCUUGAGAUAAAUUCAGAUAUGUCGUUUUGGUGGUGUGUCAAAGCAGGCCAAGGCCAGGUACUUGAGCUUCAAACUCACUCCCCCUCAUUCCUUUGACCAAUGGAUUCUGUGAGCAAACAAGCUAGAGCAGUUGCUUUUUGCCUCACCUAGCAACAGUAUCCCACUGGGUUGAUAUUUUGAGUGCCGACAAAAACAAGGGUCUGAAGCACAUGCCUCAAGUUGAUUGGGACCUGCACAGAAGUUGAAAUUGUGACCAGGUCCCACAAAAGGAGCCUUAUGGACGUUUGGGAUGUUUUGGUCAUUCUGUGUCGGUUUGCAUCAGAAUGGGCAGAUGGAGCUCCUUUGUUUCGAUGUGUCACUCAGUUCGGCAUCCCAAAGGAAAUGGGCAUUACAUGUGUAAGGAGAAAAUGAUGCGGGUCUUACUGAUUUCUACCAUGCCAAGAUACUUUAAAAGGCGUUAAAGUUAACUCCGAAGUGGCUGCGGUGACUUGCGAUUCAUUCUGUUGGGUUGAGUAACGACUGCUGUCAGUGGGGUAGUCUGAGGCAGAGGCCAUGUCCAAAAUGGGCUUCCAGAGCUAUGGCUAGGUUUAUUGUCUGCACGCCUCCGUGUAUUUCCAAUCUAGUAAAGACCUAGACCUAGCUCUAGACAGUAGAUUCAGACCGAGUUUAUAUCACGGCAAUGAAAUACAAGGCAUGUCACAUUUUUCAAGUUCAUUCGACAUUAUGCAUUUCAAGUGAUUGUACAAAAAGUUCCAAUCUUUUGAUUGAUUGUCAGGGAGCAUAUUCUUGGCUGCACUGGAUGGUUUACAAAAGCUCAACAAAAUAUAAAAAUGAUUGCAACUGUUUCAUAAUUUAUGAUGAGUUUGGAAUUGAUCUAGUGCUUCAGAAUAUUGAGAUGUUAACGAUAAAGGCAGAGCUAUUACCAAUGUGCCACAGAAUAUGUACACUUUCUUGAACUCCCAUGAUGACAAAUCAAUCGUAGCAUAAAUUUGUGCUAAAGAUUUCCUUUAAGCCAGUUGAAAACAGAUCUUUGUUAUUGAUUUUAAAUGUGUUCAGAUUAAUUUAGCGAUGUGCUACUAAAUCUCAUUACCUUUGAAAUAGGUUAAUUUAGUAUUUGCAUAAAAAAUAUAGAUGACUUAAAGUGUCUUCCAAAAGAAUGGAAACCUUUGUUAACAUCAGGUGUAACCAUUUGGUCAACCAGGUGUAACCAUUCAGUCAUAAUCCGAGGUCAGUUUAAUUUGGAAAACAAAAUAUUGAAAGCAACUUCAGUUGACGAUUGCCUGCAGAUCUUACCCAUUAAUCAAGUUUGUGGGUUUUUAAACAGUGCAAAGUAAAAUACAGUUGUGCUCAAAAGUGUUCAUACCCUUUGGAAAAUAACAUACUUUUCUAAAUUCUUAAU